GGCGCCCACGUGGAGCUCAGCUGCCUUAAAACGCUGGCACGCCGGGAACCAGGCCAGCAGGGGGCCAGGCUUGACCUUGACCGUUGGAGCUGCUAGCGUGGCUCUCGCUGCCCGGCAACCGCGCGCUCCCCGCGGGCCCGCGGCUGCGCCUGCCCCUCCCUCAAGCGGAAUCGCGGGCGAUCCAGGCCGGGUUUUGCAGCGGAACUGUUGGCUUGCGCGUGCCGGGUUCUCUCGGGUGGCAGUCGGCUGCUGGAGAUCAUGGUGCUGAGCGAAGUGUGGACCGCGCUGUCUGGACUCUCCGGGGUUUGCCUAGCCUGCAGCUUGUUGUCGGCGGCGGUGGUCCUGCGAUGGACCAGGCGCCAGACGGCCCAGGGCGCGGUGACCAGGGCGCGGCAGAAGCAGCGAGCCGGCCUGGAGACCAUGGACAAGGCGGUGCAGCGCUUCCGGCUGCAGAACCCUGACCUGGACUCAGAGGCUUUGCUGGCCCUGCCCCUGCUCCAGCUGGUACAGAAGUUACAGAGUGGGGAGCUGACCCCAGAGGCUGUGCUCUUCACCUACCUGGGAAAGGCCUGGGAAGUGAACAAAGGGACCAACUGUGUGACCUCCUAUCUGGCUGACUGUGAGACUCAGCUGUCCCAGGCCCCACGGCAGGGCCUGCUCUAUGGCGUCCCCGUGAGCCUCAAGGAAUGCUUCAGCUACAAGGGCCACGACUCCACACUGGGCUUGAGUUUGAAUGAGGGAAUGCCAUCUGAGUCUGACUGUGUGCUGGUGCAGGUGCUGAAGCUGCAGGGGGCCAUACCGUUUGUGCACACCAACGUCCCCCAGUCCAUGCUAAGCUUUGACUGCAGUAACCCCCUCUUUGGCCAGACCAUGAACCCAUGGAAGUCCUCCAAGAGCCCAGGAGGUUCCUCAGGGGGCGAGGGGGCUCUCAUUGGAUCUGGAGGCUCCCCUCUGGGUUUAGGCACUGACAUUGGUGGCAGCAUCCGGUUCCCUUCUGCCUUCUGUGGCAUCUGUGGCCUCAAGCCUACUGGGAACCGCCUCAGCAAGAGCGGCCUGAAGGGUUGUGUCUAUGGACAGACAGCAGUGCAGCUUUCUGUUGGCCCCAUGGCCCGGGAUGUGGAGAGCCUGGCAUUAUGCCUGAAAGCCCUACUAUGUGAGGACUUGUUCCGCUUGGAUUCCACCAUACCCCCCUUGCCCUUCAGAGAAGAGGUCUACAGAAGUUCUAGACCCCUGCGUGUGGGAUACUAUGAAACCGACAACUACACCAUGCCCAGCCCGGCCAUGAGGAGGGCUGUGGUAGAGACCAAGCAGAGUCUCGAGGCUGCUGGCCACACGGUGGUUCCCUUCCUACCAAACAACAUCCCCUACGCCCUGGAGGUCCUGUCGGCAGGUGGGCUGUUCAGUGACGGUGGCCGCACUUUUCUCCAAAACUUCAAAGGUGACUUUGUGGAUCCCUGCUUGGGGGACCUGAUCUUAGUUCUGAAGCUGCCCAGGUGGUUUAAAAGACUGCUGAGUGUCCUGCUGAAGCCUCUGUUUCCUCGGCUGGCAACCUUUCUCAACAGUAUGUGUCCUCGGUCGGCUGAAAAGCUGUGGGAGCUGCAGCAUGAGAUUGAGCUAUAUCGCCAGUCUGUGAUUGCCCAGUGGAAAGCAAUGAACUUGGAUGUGCUGCUGACCCCCAUGCUGGGUCCUGCUCUGGAUUUGAACACACCGGGCAGAGCCACAGGGGCUAUCAGCUACACUGUUCUCUUCAACUGCCUGGACUUCCCUGCGGGGGUGGUGCCUGUCACCACUGUGACUGCUGAGGACGAUGCCCAGAUGGAACACUACAAAGGCUACUUUGGGGAUAUCUGGGACAUUAUUCUAAAGAAGGCCAUGAAGAAGAGUGUCGGCCUGCCUGUGGCUGUGCAGUGCGUGGCUCUGCCCUGGCAGGAAGAACUGUGUCUUCAGUUCAUGCGGGAGGUGGAACGGCUGAUGACUCCUGAAAAGCGGCCAUCUUGAGGAUCGUCCAACAUUCAACUGCCCAGCUCUGGAGAACCGAGGGCCCAUGUGCUCUGCACUACAGCCCCAUCUAUUCAGGAUACUACCACCCAUGAGGAAAUGCCCAGAACAGGGAAGAGGUGUCCACCUGUCCUCCCUUGGACUCCUGCAGAAGCAUAGGACAUACCUUCCACAACCAAGUCUGGGGCUUGUUCCCCUUUUCUGGUCUACCUUCCAUCCCGACUCCUACUUUAUCUGACAGCCAGCAGGAAUGACAGGGCUGAGAAUCACCAACAGUCAAAAAAAAAAAAAACAAUGUGUUUAUGUAUUUUCUGGGUAUUUCUAUUAGGGCCCUGGGAACCAGAGCCUGCUGAGAGGGCUGUGCUGAUACUCCAGAGCUGGCUGUGAUCACUCUCCCGCUCCAAAACCUCCCUAGGCCAUCACCCACAAGGUAGACACAGGAACAAUGUCCUUGGCACUUGACUCCUGCCAGCCCUUUCUUGUUCCGAUUGGCCCCAGCUUUGAUGAACACUGCCCCAGGCCACUCCUCUUCAGUCCACCUCUCUGCUGACUCUGCUGACACGCCCUUUUCACUUCUCUAUUUGUUGUGAAGACAGGGUUUCUCUGAGGAUCUCACUCUGUGGAUCAGGCUGGCUCUCAGCCCACAAGGCUACCUGCCUGGGUGCUGGGAUUAAAGGCAUGUGCCACUACA